CUUUCCUUAAGAAUUUUUUUGGAACCAAUGAGGACAUUAUUAACGCGAUUAUACGUUUUUGGGUUAUUCCCGUGGGUAGAUUUAACACUUGUGUGCUUCCAAAUGUCAAUCUUCUGCGAGAAAUUGGAGUUCCUGAAUCGCAUAUAAGUUCCUUACUUAAACAGAAGCAUAGUGCUGCUGUGACAAAUCCAGUUCGAUUUAAAGAGAUUGUGGAGAAAGUCAAGGAAAUGGGAUUCAAUCCUUUGAAGUUUUCUUUUAUUCAAGCUGUUUUUGCAAUGGUGGGAAUGAAUAAAUCCACAUGGGAGAGGAAGGUCAACGUUUAUAAGAGGUGGGAUUUGUCUCAAGAAGAGAUUCUUGCAGCAUUCAGAAAGUGCCCCAGCUGUAUUAUCGCAUCUGAGGAUAAGAUUAUGCAGGUUGUGGAUUUUUACGUCAACAAGACGGGUUUCGAGACUUCCUUUAUUGUCAAUCGCCCGAUACUCAUUAUUUAUAGCUUGGAGAAGCGGCUUAUUCCAAGGGCUUCGGUUAUUGAAGUUUUGCAAUCAAAAGGUUUGAUCAAGAAGAAUAUACACUUAGCUAGAGUGUUUAGUACUUCUGAGAACUCAUUCCUUCAGAAGUUUGUGACACCAUAUAUGGACGAGGUGUCUGACCUGUUGAAGCUAUACAAGGGAAAAUUGGAUUUUUCAAAGAUGACUACAAAAUAG